AUGACGGCCCGCGGCACUGCGAGUCGUUUCUUGACCAGUGUCCUCCAUAACGGCCUCGGUCGCUACGUGCAGCAGCUGCAGCGUCUCAGCUUCAGCCUCAGUCGCGACGCGCCCUCGUCUCGCGGCGCCAGGGACUUCGUGGAGCGGGAGGUGACCAGCUUCGCUCGGCGGAACCCAGGGGUCGUCAUUUACGUGAACCCUCGGCCGUGCUACGUGCCUAGAGUAGUUGCGGAAUACCUUAACGGAGCAGUGCGCGAGGAGAGCAUCCACUGCAAGUCCGCCGAGGAGAUUGCAAAGUUGGUGCAGAAGCUGGCCAACCAGUCUGGACUCGAUGUCAUCCGCAUCCGCAAGCCCUUCCACACGGACAGCCCCAGCAUCCAGGGCCAGUGGCACCCCUUCACCAACAAACCCACAGCACCUGGUCGGCUGCGCCCCCGAGAGGCCGGAGGGCCAGUGCAGUGA